UCUUGCAGUGACGGCGACAGAGGACUGUGGUCUUGGUCUGCGUUAAUCCUUAUUUUCUACGUCUGUACGUAUCCGUAUAUCGUGUGACAAACUAUACUUUAUUCAUUGUUCGUGUCAGCAUAAACUCGACUCGUCUCCGUGAACUUUGAAGCUUCUUAGGCUAUUUUAGCCCGCUAGCUAGCUUAGCUUGCUAGCUGCUAACUAAGCUAAGCAAAGAUCAAGUCUGAGUGCAAAGUGUUGUGACUGUGUGAAAAUGUGUCAAGUACAAAUGCUGAGAGUAUUUGUCAAUCAGCGACUAACUGCGGCUGUUGAAGACAUAUUUGUGGUGUUGGAGAGAAGGAUAGCAGAGUACGAGGAGGAACUUUCUCGAACAAAAGAGGAGAACGAGCGACAACGUCAACUACUGGACGCAGUUUUCAACAAGCAUCAAGUUGUGUUCCACAGAACAGAUGCCCAGCAGCGGAUUGGACAUCAGAAAGAAAGCCCCCCUAAGUCGCAGGGGAGGAACUACACUUUGAACCAGGAUCCACAGCCCCAUAUUUUUAAAGAGGAGGAGGAAAAUUCACUGCUCCCCCACAUUGAAGAGCGAGAGGAGGUCGAGUGUCUUCUAGGGCAGGAGGAGGCUGAUCUCACCAAGUUUCCACUGAUUGUUGUCUCUGUGAAGACUGAAGACCGUGAAGACAAACCACCUGAGUCCUCACAGCUUCAUCCCAGUACAAACGUCCAGCAGCUGGUUGGUCAUCAAGAAGAACCUCUCUCUCUGUUGCUGGAGUUGAGCUCCCCUUUGAAGCAGGAGGAACCACAGCCCCCCAACAUUACAGAGGAAGAGGAGGAACUCUGCAUCACUGAGGAGGGAGAGUGUCUUCUAGGGCAGGAAGAGGCUGCUCUCACCAAGUUUCCACUGACUGUUGUCUGUGUGAAGACUGAAGACCAUGAAGACAAACCACCUGAGUCCUCACAGCUUCAUCGCAGUCCAAGUGAGGAGAAGAGGGAGGUGGAGCCUCCAAGCAGCAGCUCACCACAACACAUGACAACAAAAGGUGAUGGAGACCACAGUGGAGGAUCAGAAGCAGACAACCUCUUAGCUCCACUAUCAGAUAGUGAUGACUCAACGUCACAAGUUGAUGUAAAUAUGGAAUCACACAUGAAAACACAAACAGGAGAAAAACCUUUCAUGUGUUCAGUUUGCGGUAAAAUAUUCUCCCAAAAACGUUAUAUGCAAAUACACAUGAGAACACAUACAGGAGAAAAAAAUGUCAGUUGUUCAGUUUGCGGUAAAAGAUUAUCUCACAAACGUAAUAUUCGAAUACACAUGAGAACACAUACAGGAGAAAAACCUUUCAUUUGUUCAGUUUGCGGUAAAGGAUUUCCCCAAAAAGGUAGUAUUCAAAUACACAUGAAAACACACACAGGAGAAAAACCUUUCAGUUGUUCAGUUUGUGGUCAACUAUUCUCUGAAAAACAAAAUAUGCGAAGACACAUGAAAACACAUACUGGAGAAAAACCUUUCAAUUGUUCAGUUUGUGGUAAAAUAUUCUCUGAGAAACAAAAUUUGCAACUACACAUGAGAUCACAUACAGGAGAAAAACCUUUCAAUUGUUCAGUUUGCCGCAAAAAAUUCUCCGAUAAACAAAAUAUGCAAAGACACAUGAAAUCGCAUUCAGGAGAAAAACCUUUUAAUUGUUCAGUUUGUGCAAAAGGCUUUGUUAUAAAAUGUCGUUUGACUCAUCAUAUGAGAACACAUACAGGAGAAAAACCUUUCAGUUGUUCAGUGUGCAAUAAAAGAUACAUUGACAAACAUGCACUGCAAAGGCACAUGAAAACACAUACAGGAAAACGUGUUAGCUUCCGCGUCUCUUUUGUCAGCAGCUAUCAACACAUCGCUAAGCAGAGGCCAAAUCUGAGUGUAAAGUGUUGGGAUUGUGUAAAAAUGUGUGAAAGAAAGAUAGCGGAGUACGAGGAGGAAGUAUCUCGAACAAAAGAGGAGAAGGAGCGACAACGUCAACUGCUGGAGGCUGUUUGCAAGAAGCCUCAAGUUGUGUUACACAGAACAGAUGUCCAGCAGCUGAUUGUAGAUCAGAGAGAAAGUCUCCCUAAGUCUUGGGGGGAGAACUCUACUUUAAAGCAAGAGGAGCCACAUCCCCAUCCUGUCGAAGAGGAAGAUCCACAACCGCCCCACUUUAAAGAAGAAGAGGAGGGAGAUUGUCUUCUAGGGCAGGAGGAGGCUGAUCUCACCAAGUUUCCACUGACUGUUGUCUCUGUGAAGACUGAAGACCAUGGAGACAAACCACCUGAGUCCUCACAGCUUCAUCCCAGUCCAAAUGUCCAGCAGCUGAUUGGUCGUCAAGAAGAACCUCUCUCUCUGUUGCUGGAGGUGAGCUCCCCUUUGAAGCAGGAGGAUCCACAACCCCCCAACAUUAAAGAAGAAGAGGAGAAUGUCUGGAUCACUCAGAAGGGAGAGUGUAUUCUAGGGCAGGAGGAGGCUGAUCUCACCAAGUUUCCACUGAUUGUUGUCUGUGUGAAGACCGAAGACCAUGAAGACAAACCACCUGAGUCCUCACAGCUUCAUCACAGUCCAAGUGAGGAGAAGAGAGAGGUGGAGCCUCCAAGCAGCAGCUCACCACAACACAUGACAGCAGAAGAUGAUGGAGACCACUGCGGAGGAUCACAAGCUGACAACCUCUUAGCUCCACUGUCAGAUAGUGACGACUCAACGUCACACGUUAAUGUAAAUAUGGAAUCACACAUGAAAACACAGACAGGGGAAAAAACUUUCAGUUGUUCAGUUUGCGGUAAAAGAUCAUCUCACAAACAUAAUAUGCAAAUACACAUGAGAACACAUACAGGUGAAAAACCUUUCAUUUGUUCAGUUUGUGGCAAAAGAUUUUCCCAAAGAGGUAAUAUUCAAAUACACAUGAAAAGACAUACAGGCGAAAAACCUUUCAGUUGUUCAGUUUGUUCAAAAGGCUUUGUUAAAAACGCUGAUUUGACUCAACACAUGCGAACACACACGGGAGAAAAACCUUUCAGUUGUUCAGUUUGCUCAAAAGGCUUUGUUAAAAACGCUGAUUUGACUCGACACAUGCGGACACACACCGGAGAAAAACCUUUCAUUUGCUCAAACUGUGGCAAAAGAUUUUCUCAGAGUGGAACGAUGCUGUCACACAUGAGAACGCACCCAGGAGAAAAGUUAUUUAGUUGUUCGGUUUGCAGUAAAAUAUUCUCCAAAAAAUGUAAUAUGCAAAUACACAUGAGAACUCACACAGGAGAAAAACCUUUCAGUUGUUCAGUUUGUGGUAAAAGAUACUCUAAUAAACCUAUAUUGCAAAGACACAUGAGAAUGCACACAGGAGAAAAACCUUACAGUUGUUCAGUGUGUGGUCAAAGAUUCUCUGACAAAAAAAAAAUUCAAAGACACAUGAGAACACACACAGGAAAAUAACUUUUCCUUUUUGGAAGUCGUCUUUGAAUGGACUUCUGCAGACUCACUAAUGGUCUACUGCAUGGCUUCUAUAAAGUCUGGACUGUGUUUCAGAUCCGAACCAUUAAGUUUCUCUUAGGUACAGACAUAAAUUAAUAGAUGGUUUGAAGUGUUAAAUACAGUGUUUUUAAAUGAGUCACAAUAUCCUUUAAACGGGAAUGUCACUUCUUUAAAUUUUCUUAUUUUACCUUGCCUAUUAUUCACAAACCUUACGUGAGACAAGCACACGUUUUCCUUUUUUUUUAGUGCAUUCUAACUAGUAAAUAAAUGCUAGCAAUUGUCAGCUAACAAUGGAGCCAAGGGGAUUCACUCUAUACCGCCUAUGAAACGCUCCCAAAAACUGUCAAUGUGUUUUUUACACGCUGUAAGUAUGUAUGUAAUGUAGUAACAGCCACAUUAAUGUGUAAUAUUUACUUUUUAUGGACAUUUUAAGCAUUACCAGAACAUUUUGACGGAGUAUUCAUUUCAAAGACACAUCACAACAUUCGCUGUUUCUUUCAACUACUACUACUACUACUAAUCAUUGGAAACUUCAUGAGAGCCAACAAAAACUACUUUGGGACAAAUGAUGAUCCAGAACCUUAUAUUUUUGAGCCUGAACAUAUGGAGGAUGAGCUACAGGUUUUAGAAGCUGAGUGAUAAACUGAUCCAGCAAAAAACAAUCACUUACUGUGCAAUGUCUGCUUGCACUGGGAUGUAGACCAAUGUGAUGUUAAUAUUUUCCCAUUAAGAUGAAGAAUUAUUUAUAAUCCUCAAACAGAUUAAAAAAAAUGUGGGCGCAAAUGAGCAACUUUUUGUGUCUUCUUUGCUGCCUUUGAGUCUAAAUUGGAUGUCAAAGUUGACCAACUUUUCUGUUUAUGGCAAGAGCCUUUUACUAUACAGGUGAGAGUUACGGAUUAUAAUCCAGAAUUAAUUUUCACCAACUCAGAGGUGAUGCGGCAGCACAGUAUGUCAACAUAGCAGCAUGAGCUAAUUAGCUCUCCGUGACCACUGCGCUGCUAAAAGUAGUUCCUCGGCGUUAGCACUUAUAAUAGAAAUAUUGCUGAUAGUUGUUUAAUAUUGAGGUUACAACAUGCAAAUAAAGUAUUGUUGGCGGUUUUGGGAUGUUUUAGGGUGUUUGUUGGGAACAAUAGAUGACUCCCAUCAAUCAAUCAAAAGUUUUUUUUAAUAUAGCCCUUAAUCACAAAUGUCUCAAAGAGCUGCACAAACCACAACGACAUCCUAGGCUCUGAUCCCACAUCAGGAUAAGAAAAAAGUCAACCCAAUGGGAACAGUAAGAAAUCUUGGAAGGGACCGCGGAUACGGGUCUAACUGACCCUAACCCCGCUCAAAUGUGUGAUAUUCAGCUAGCAAUCAUCGAUGCUCAUGUCAUGAGAAAUAUUAUUUUUAGACCAAAAUGUGCUCAGUGAGUUUAUUAUUGUCUUUGUUUUAAAUGUUAGCCUGUCCAGAGACAACAGGCGGAAAUUAUAAUUUGACUAGAAUCUGACAUUUUCCUAUUUUGUAUAUUUGUCAUUGAUAUUUACUCUCCCUAUUUAAAAAUAAAUAUAAACUAGCCCACCUCUUUCUUUAAAAAAAAAACUGUGGCGAAAUUAUUCUCUGCAUUUGACCCAUCACCCUCGAUCACCCCCUGGGAGGUGAGGGGAGCAGGGAGCAACAGCAGUAGCUGCGCCCGGGAAUCAUUUUUUGGUGAUUUAACCCCCAAUUCCAACCCUUGAUGCUGAGUGCCAAGCAGGGAGGUAAUGGGUCCCAUUUUUAUAGCCUUUGGUAUGACUUCGGCCAGGCUUUGAACUCACAACCUACCGAUCUCAGGGCGGACACUCUAACCACUAGGCCACUGAGUAGGUUUGCAUCCCUUAUUAUUUUACAUUUUCAAAUCAGUGAAAUAUUCUUAAAGCUAUUGAGUGAUACACGUAGAAAGUAUCACAAUUCCUAGAUAUGGUCGAAACUAUUUAAAGUGCACUACGCAUAAUAAACGCAACAUUGUUAAUAUUGCCACUACGGAUAAUCUUAACAAAAACUCGUCAAAACAGCCCAAUACCUAUAAUAUGGGCUUUUUAAACAUAAGAUCAUUGUCUCCCAAGGCGUUAUUGGUUAAUGAGGUCAUUAGAGACAACAAUCUUAACGUCAUUGGUCUUAGCGAAACCUGGCUCAAACCAGACGAAUUUUUUGCGCUCAAUGAGGCAUCUCCUCCUAACUAUACGAAUGCGCAUGUUGCCCGUCCUCUUAAAAGGGGAGGGGGUCAUUUGUAUAAUCUAGCCUUUAAAUAGACCCCCCUUUUUUAGACCAGUUGAUCUGCCGUUUCUUUUCUUCUCUCCUCUUCUCCCCUGUCCCUUGCGAGGGGGAGUUGCAUAGGUCCGGUGGCCAUGGAUGAAGUGCUGGCUGUCCAGAGUCGGGACCCCGGGUGGACCACUAGCCUGUGCAUCGGUUGGGGACAUCUCUGCGCUGCUGACCCGUCUCCGCUCGGGAUGGUUUCCUGUUGGCCCCGCUGUGGACUGGACUCCCGCUGAUGUGUUGGAUCCACUGUGGA